AUGACCACCCCUCCCAUGGAGGCGUUCGCCGGGCAGCAGGCUCAGGCUGCCCGUGAUGUCAACACGGCAUCGCUCUGUCGCAUCGGCCAGGAGACGGUGCAGGAUAUCGUCUUACGCACCAUGGAGAUCUUCCAGCUGUUGAGGAACAUGCAGGUGAGUGUUUCUUGUGACUUUUUGUGUUGGGGUGGGUGUAAAGGCUGAACAAAGUUCAUGGGUUGCCUUUGAUUAUGGAUGGUGCUGGUCUGUCAACCACCUUUAUUACACGCAAAGCAUUGUUUGCAUGUGCUCCUCUUCCAUUUUACGCAACGCACGCACACUCACACACCGAUUCAGCUUCAUUUGACCCCAGACCGACAGCAUUACAUAAACUGACAGCACAACAUUGAUUGACUGUCAUCCAAGAGGUAAAAAUUGUGUGGCACUGGUUGGAGUCUGUUGAACCAAAUAAAUAUCCCUCUCUCUCCCCACAGUGAUAUCAAAUAACAGUAACACAAUAUGACAUGCAUUGUCCCUCUGCUUUGUGGUGAGAAUGGAUGGGUAUGGGCCUACGAGCAGAAAGCUAGGCCAACUAAGCCAGCUUUAAUUAUUGCCCUAGGAAGGCAUGUCCCAAUCCUGUUUCACACUUGUUUUUAAACAUGGAGGAUGAUAUAAUUGGGUAUGUAAAGGCCUCCAUUUUAUCAUUAGACAGUCACCAUCUGUUUAUACCGCUUUUCGCCCUUCUGUUGACACAUUGGAAAGAUCAGACUGUGCCCUGAAGAUGAGUUCAGGACAGGUUGGGUGCGUCCUAAAUGGCACCCUAUUGCCUAUGUAGUUCACUACUUUUGACCAGGGCCCAUACUAGGACUCUGGUCAAAAGUAGUGCACUAUAUAGGGAAAAGGGUGCCAUUUGGGACAUAGUCAGACAUUGUCUCUCUCUGUCUGUGUCUCAGAGAAGAUCCUUCCUCAACUCAUUAAAACAACAACCGAGACAGUCAAAGACAAAAGAAGAAUGCAUUACCACAAGCCACACUGACUCGCCACAGAAUGCACAAACAGCACUGUUGUGACUUGUUUCACUGAUCACAGACUGUGUGUGAAAAAAAGAUCACUCCUGUAGGCAUGUAUACAGGUAUACAACUCACCUACCCUCAUGCAGGGAAUCGUUUCAGGCUGUACAGGAUGUUUACGAUCAGUUAAAAGCGCCUAAAGCUAGUUAGCAUUAAAGCUCAGUUGAAAUUAUCAGUUAGAAGUGCCUAAAGCUAAAGUUAGUUAGCAUAAAGCUCAGGUGAAACAGUCCGAAGCAGUUUUAAGUUAUAUACAUAUCAUGUAGUUAUAUGUAACUUCUCCUCUCGGUGGAAUGCCAUGUAACAGCACAGUAAAAUGAAUCAAUUUAAAACCGUUUUUUAGUCUACAUUGCAAUAAUUCAAUUUUACAAACCCUCUACACUUCAGUUACCACCAUAAACAUUUGAGUAAUCACACACUGAUUACCAGUAGUCAAGGAGGGACUAGUCAAGGAGUAAAUAGGAGGCCCUGUAUUGGCCUGUAGAUAUUAUUAAAAUGUUAUUACAUUACUAAAAGAGUAUGUAACACACUUAUUUCCUAUGUCAUCUCCCCCAGCUGCCAAAUGGAGUGACGUACCACCCCAACACCCACCAGGACAGACUGAGCAAACUGCAGGAGCACCUGCGUAUGCUCUCUGUACUCUUCCGCAAGCUGCGCCUCGUCUAUGACAAAUGCAAUGAAAACUGCACUGGUCUGGACCCUGUACCCCCAGAGGUGAGUGGCCACUGUCCCAGAACCACUCUGUGUAUCACAAUCAAUAUCUAACCAGUUUGAACUGGACAUCAUUUACUUGGUGCCUGGGCGAUUCUUAUCUCUCCCACUCUGUCAGGUCUACCUCGGCAGGUCUACCUCGGCACACCAUAUUCCCUAUAUAGUGCACUACUUUUGACCAGGCUCUGGUUAAAAGUAGUGCUCUAUACAGGGAAUAUGUUUCCAUUUGGGACGCAGUCCUCGGCUCAGCUCUACAUUCAAUUCAAUGGUGCUCUGUGUUUGCCCCUUAGUGGCUGUUAUGGACACCCACCCACCUCUAAAAACCCACCACUUUAUCUUACUGAGUUACUGGGGUGGCUACUGUUUCAGACCUCAUGCUGGGCGAUUCCACUGUUUUAUUGUUGCAGUCUUUUCUCCUAUUGGUUUGGAGCCAUUUGGUUUUAAUCCAAUGUUUUAGAACUGACUGCAUGCACACAUUUAAUUAGGCUUUUCUUACAUCUGACGGAGGCAUUUUGCGUUAAACAUAUGAGAAAGUCCAAGGUAAAGGAAUUAUACUGAGACUCCCAUUUUUCACUUUAAAAUGUAUACCAAACAAAACCAUAUUUAACAAAAACACAUUUACAGGAAGAACUGUGCAGAUACAAGGUUUGGUAACAGGAUAAAACUUUUUCUCCCCAAUUGGUAGUUACAGUCUUGUCCCAUCGCUGCAACUCUUGUACGGACUCGGGAGAGGCGAAGGUCGAGAGCCAUGCGUCCUCCGAAACACAACCCCGCACUGCUUCUUGACACACUGCUCGCUUAUCCCGGAAGCCAGCCGCACCAAUGUGUCGGAGGAAACGCCGUACAGCUGGCGACCCAAGUCAGCGUGCAUGCGCCCGGCCGCCACAAGGAGUCGCUAGAGCGCGAUGGGACAAGGACAUCCCGGCCAGCCUAACCCGGACGACGCUGGGCCAAUUGUGUGCCGCCUCAUGGUUCUCCCGGUCACGACACAGCCCGGGAUCGAACCCGGAUCUGUAGUGAUGCCUUAGACCGCUGCGCCACUCGGGAGGCCUACUGUCAUUUUGUUACCAAACUUUGCAUCAGCACAGUUUUUUCAGUAAAUGUUUGAUUUACUGUGUAAAUUGUUCAAAGUAGAGUAGAGUUGUAUGGUUUGUUCAACUUUGAAAUCAAUGUUUUUUGUUUGGCAGACAUUUUCAUGUGAAAAAUCAGCGUCUCAGCGUAAUUCCGUUAAUGUGGAAUUGCCCAUAUGGCAUACUGGCUUGCUGUAUUUCUCUCUCAUGAGGGAAAAGUGACAAAUAUAAUUUGCAAUUCUGGUCAUAUGUAAACCUCACUGUCCAUUACACUCCACAGUUGUACCAGUUCAUUUAAAAUGUUUACAUAUUCCCAGAGGCUGUGCAAACCACUGACUGUGCUGACCAACCAAUACCUCACCACACCAUGUUGUUUGGAGGAAGUUGAUUUUGGCCCUCCUGACACUGCUAUUUAUCAUCCCCUAAAACUCAAGUGGCUGACAAGCCUGCUAUUGGCCGGCCGCAAUCCUGACAGUCGUGCUAUUGGCUAGCCGCUGAACGGGCUUUCCCCAAACAGGAAGUGGAAUCAAUGACUCAGCCAGCGUGACCUCAUCACGUUCCUAAUUAGCAGCAGGCCUGGUAAUGAACAGCUGGCGAAGGCUGCCCACGUCAGCGGUUUUCUGUUUUCUCCCCGAGCCAGGCAAUCAACUGAGCCCUCGUCGUUCUUUGGCAUUUCCUGCACUGUGAGCGGCCAUGUCAUUUAAUUUACUUAUCCUCCACGCAUUAUUUUUCUUCUUCUUUCUUCUCCCUAUUUCGUUCCCCCUCUCUAAGUAAGGCAACCUGGAGAACUUAAUUACCCCCAUUCUUCUCUGUCAACAGGCAAACCACAUCCAUCCUCGUAUGGAGGAGAGAGAGGGGUUAUAACUCACACGUACAGUCACAGAGACACACACACACACACACACACUCUUUCUCGCUCGCCCCCUCUCUCUCUACCCCUGCACAUUUUCCCCCUUCCGACUGCCAAAAACAGCUCUUACCUUUAAAUUCAAAAUGCGUUUGGCUCAUAGCUGGAAUUAUGGAAGUAGAAAAAGUUUUUUUCUCUCUAAUACUUUUUGGACUCUACGCCCCUAACAAUCACAGAGUUGGCCUAAUAUAAUAUCCAGCACGUCUUCUGUCUUCUCUCUAACACGAAUCAGACAGCUUUGGGUUUGGCAUCGGUCUCUCUGACUGACUAGAGAAAACUGCCAGAGCUGUCUCUUGUUUUUCUCAUGUGAUUCUCUCUCCCUGCCUCUGUCUCUGUCUGUCUUCUGGCCCUAUCCAGCCCCAUUCAGCCCUGCAGUAAUUCUUUGGUCACAGCCUGCUUCAAUCACUGUCUACACUGGCCUCUGCCAGUUGCUAAACCUCAGGUCACUGACUGCAAUGAAACGCAAUCAACAACUAGGCUAUUCAGAAUGUAGAAUAGCACUCAGCCUCAGAUUUGUUUUGGACUUCACUGUGUUUUCACACCUGCUAAGGCUUUUGGUUGGCCGGUAAUCGUUAUUCCUCUUGUACCUAAUCUUAUGUUUUUCUCAAAUCAUUACCUCGUUCCUACAUAACCGUUUAAGCAAUCUCACCUCACACAGCUAUGUAUGAUAAUAGAAACCCAGUAGACGAUAGUGUAAAGCUAGUAUAAUGGUACCAUUUAAGAUAAGCGUGUUGGUCUUGAUGCAGUGCAAUAGAGAACAAUGUGUUCCGUACGGCACUGCUCAUUAUCCUGCAGACCAGCAGGUGUCAGUGUGGUUUAAAGCAGUGGAGGAACAGCCAGGCAGAUCGAGGAGGGAGGGAGGGAAAGACCUCAGCAUUCUGAGAGGGUUUUCAGCACAGCAGUCGGUGUAGUGUCAGCCAGACAACGUCAAGCACAGCGAGUGCUUAAAAUGAGUUAAGAACUUGGGUAUGGACUGUGGAGAAGUCCUAGUUCUGAAAUGGUGGUGGUGGUAUGGAACUGUUUGUAGAUUAAAGAUUAUUAUUAAAGUGUUUUCGUGAUCUACACCAAAUCCCAAUUUUCGCAACUCUAAGGAGACAAGAUUAUAGCAGUGUCUGUACAUGAAGGCAGUUCUAAUUCAGUAUUUUAACAGGGAAUCGAAUGUCCUAGAAAUCCCUUUGUACAAGCUCAAUAGGGAGAGUUAGUGCUCAUGCAAGCAGUAUAGAUAAAGUAGACUUUUAGAGAAGGGGCUAGUGAAAUUUCCAUUUUUAUUUAUUUUGUUUGAUGAGAGACAUAAGCCAAUGAGCCUUAUUUAUUUUUCAUGUUUUAUUUAUCCUUUAUAUAACCAGGCGAGUCCCAUUGAAAUGGUAAUCUCUUUUGCAACGGAGCCACAGACAAGAGACAAUAAAUGUAUUUUCCAAGCCAAAGUACCAAACUACUAUCAAUGUACCAUCCCCUCACUGAACACCAGUGGUCAUUGUAUCUUUUUAUAUACCCCCCACACACACACAGCAACUCAUCCCCUAUGUGGAAGACGACAGCAGCUCCAAACACAAUGAACGCUCGGCCAGCCAGGCCCGCCCAGCAACAGAGGAGAGGAGGGAGAUCCUGGAGGUUAACAAGGUGAGCUAG